CCAUUACAGAACUAGUGGUGAUUUCAAAGGGUCUAGGAUCCAAGGGCAGGAGGCCAGACCAUGUUGUGAGAGGCCCCACACUCUUGGCACGAACGCAUCCCCCUGAGACUCAUCAGGCAGCCACUGAUGUCCCAGGACCAUUUUAACCCACCCCAAAAUGUUUCUAUGGUUUCUGCAGUUCCUGAGGCUUCUCGGUUGGACCUAUAACCCUCUACCCUUGCUGUGAAUCAGAAUCGCUGAGGGAGCUUGAAAAAAAUACAGAUAUUGGGGUCCUGUUUGCAAAGAUUUCGGAAUCACUCGGUGUGUGGUGGGACUCAGAUGAAAUGGUUCCUGACGGAUGCCCAGGAGGUUCCAACAAAGGGCUGAAGGUCACAUGCGUAGAUGUGUCACCAGCCUAACUUUACAGAGCCCAAGUGUAAGAAUCCAAAAGUAUCUUCAGGAGCUGUGAGAACACCACACUGUAAAUAUAUAAAAUGUUAUCAAAAUAGCCUGAGUUUACCCUCUUCAUAUCUGAGUUUCUCAAUCCAGCAGGCACAUAGGAUAUUAUUCAAAAACAGUCUCCUUAAGAAUCUGACUAUCUGGCCUGCCAGGAAAUGCUUGACCACAUAGAAACUGUCACAGGGUCUGAUCCCAACAGAUGUCCUUGGAAAGCACCUGUUGAAGUGAACUCUGCCCUUUAAAUGGGAUGGAGUUUUAAUUUUCCAGAAGUAGUGGGCCCGUUGGAAUGCUAGAAAUGCCCAUUUGCUGCUUAUGUCCAUUCUAGUAAACCACCUCCUGAACUGUGAAGCUAAUCUCCUGGUUGUGUCGAUAAUGAGAGAAGUCUACAGAUGCCCUCAGGAUUGGCCAGCUGCCUCGUCUAUAGGGGUUUAUUAGAGGGAGCUGAGUUCAUGUAACCAGCCAGUCGUGAAAACCAGGUUGUCUCGAGAGUCUGUCAAGAAUUGUUCGAAUCUGGGACUGUGGUGGUAGAUUGGAGAACGUUAAAACGUCACCUAGAAACCUCACCUUCCUCCCAAGUGGAGAGUCUAAUGUGUGUUCGAUUACAAGGGAGGAGCUAAAGUGUUACACGGCUUAAUGCCAAACACGCCUUCGGGUGGCUGUGUCCAAAACCUGACAGAAACGAGCAGUGCCCGUGUCCCCGUCUCAAAGGUAUAUCAUCAUGUCUAUCUAUAGCGUGGACCGAGCCAGGGACCGCCUGGCCGAAGGUCACGGGUUACGCAUAGCUGUGCAAAUACUUGAUUACUGAGACAGCUGUAUCACUCCCUGACCUGACAUCAGUGAGACAUUAGUGACACGACUGUUACGCCUUCCUGCCCUUUCUAAAAAUAGUAGGGCCUUUGACAAGAAGAUAUUUUGAGCGUCUCGUCAGGGGAAGCCUAUCCUGGCCGCUCGCAUGGGUCAGAUCGGCACGGGGCACAGUUAGACUUUGGGAGCACAGCCCUCGCUUCUCCUAAAGAUAAAGGCCCUGGGACUCCCGGCUCAGAAGCCGUGGGUACACAUAAACGGAGGAGGACGCUUUUUAGGAAUGUGAAUGGGCUUCCGAAACCCUCCGUUUCGGACAUUCGCACCCCCGUCCUCAGCUUUUCGGAUCUGUUUUCAUAAACCCCGGCUGUGAUGUCGCUCCAGGGACCUCGGUGAUCUUGCCGCUUUCAGUGGAUACUAUCAGGAGCCGCUGGCAGCCUGUGGAUAAGGGCGACUAAUGAGAAACUGCCGUCCCCCAGCGGGACGGCCAAAACCAAACCCAGCAAAACCAAAAAUCCCCAAGCAAAACCAAAAAAGAACCGCCCCAGCCAUCCGUGCUCACAGGAAGACGCGCAGGAAAGCACUGCGAUGUGACUUUGGUCUGGUCAUUGGAUUUAUCGGUCACAUGACUGGCAGGCACCAGGUACCUGGUCCCAUUCUCCUCUGACCCACAAGUGCAAAUCUUGGUUAUUCUGCACCACUGGGACCAAAACAUUAUGAUGGUGAGGACACAGAGACUCUAAAAGCAAAGAUGGAAUCUGAGCAGAUACGAAGCCGAAGCCGCUUUCUUCGCCAACCUGAAGCUGUCUGACUUCAACAUCAUUGACACCCUUGGAGUCGGGGGCUUCGGACGAGUGGAGCUGGUCCAGCUGAAAAGCGAGGAGUCCAAGACGUUUGCCAUGAAGAUUCUCAAGAAACGCCACAUCGUGGACACCAGACAACAGGAGCACAUUCGUUCGGAGAAGCAGAUCAUGCAGGGGGCUCAUUCCGACUUCAUAGUGAGACUGUACAGGACAUUCAAGGACAGCAAAUAUUUGUAUAUGUUGAUGGAAGUGUGCCUAGGUGGAGAGCUCUGGACCAUUCUCAGGGAUAGAGGUUCAUUUGAAGAUUCUACGACCAGAUUCUACACCGCGUGUGUGGUGGAAGCCUUCGCCUAUCUGCAUUCCAAAGGAAUCAUUUACAGGGACCUCAAGCCAGAAAAUCUCAUCCUGGAUCACCGAGGCUACACCAAACUGGUUGAUUUUGGCUUUGCAAAGAAAAUAGGAUUUGGAAAGAAAACAUGGACUUUUUGUGGGACUCCAGAGUACGUGGCUCCAGAGAUCAUCCUGAACAAAGGCCAUGACAUUUCAGCCGACUACUGGUCACUGGGAAUCCUAAUGUAUGAACUUCUGACUGGCAGCCCGCCAUUCUCAGGCCCAGACCCUAUGAAAACCUAUAACAUCAUACUGAGGGGGAUUGACAUGAUAGAAUUUCCAAAGAAGAUUGUCAAAAAUGCUGCUAAUUUAAUUAAAAAACUAUGCAGGGAUAACCCAUCGGAAAGACUAGGGAAUUUGAAAAACGGCGUCAAAGACAUUCAAAAGCACAAAUGGUUUGAGGGCUUUAACUGGGAAGGCUUAAGAAAAGGCACCUUGACACCUCCUAUAAUACCAAGUGUUGCAUCACCCACAGACACAAGCAAUUUUGACAGUUUCCCUGAGGACAGUGAUGAACCACCACCUGAUGACAACUCGGGCUGGGACAUAGACUUCUAAUGUAUUUCUCUUACCUGCUUCUGCCUUGCUGAAGUCAGCUUUCUCUGAGACACGGCUGACAGCAAACCUGAGGGACGGAGAGAAGAUCAGUGCUCGGGGUCACCAUGAUGCCUUUGAUCGAUGCUGCUCCAGUAACUACAGUGGCAUGAGGACUUCUUGCUUAGACGACAGUAGUGCUCUUUACAUGUUUUCUGUUUGAUCCUAAAAAUAGCAGUUGACAUGGUGGCCCUGAAGCAAAGCCCUUCGCCAGUAAAGAGAGGUUUCCUGUCGUUGCAGUGGUCUUGCUUUGCUCGGACUGUAAUUUGAAAGACUGUAAGAAAUACUUCAACCUAGAAAAAGAGUCCGUACCUUGCUAGGAUGGCCAAGAUCAAAAAAUAAUGUGUGGGGUACGAUCGGUUGCCGUGGUACCAAAACGGGGCUCUUCCUUUCCUUCAAGGGAGGCCGUGGGAUCUAUUAGCGCAAGCCGGUGUCUAUACCAUACGGAAGAGGGCCACGCGUCUAUGGGUCACGGCGUUCAUGUCAAACCAGUGCUAGAAGUUUCCUGAUUUUGUUUCCCAACAGUGCUGAUGACGAGGCUGAAUGUUACCUUUCCUUUCUGACAGAUUUUAAAAAUCGAUACAAUCAAAGCACAACUGCUAUGAAGCCUCACGGCGGGUAUAUAUGCGUUUUCACGGAGGAUUGAAAAGAAAAAAAAAACAACCUGCAUGACAUUUGUUUGUUUCUUUUUUUGAUAAAUUGGCAUGACAGAGUGGAAAAAAAAAAAAAGCAAUUCACAAACCAUU